CUUUGAUUCAGUCACUCGUUUUAUCUUCUAUCAUGGUCAAGAUCGACUCUUUUCUGGCCUAUAUGGCCUUCGGAGCGGGUGCGCUGGCACAUCCCUUCGAAGCUCGCACCAUCAAGCACAUUGACAGACGCUUCUGUCCUCAUGAGGAGACCCGUAUUUUGGCUCGCGCUGAUUCGACUUCCUCUGCGAGUAUACCUAAGGCGACCGCCUGGAAUCCGCCAUCGACAAUGGUGACCGCGCUUGACCAGGUAUGGAAUCAAACAAUGAAAGAGAAUCCAGAUGGCCUCAAGGACGAAAAUUGGAUCAUCGAUCAGCUGAUGGCCAGCAACGGCAGCCUUAACUAUUGCGUACGAUGGAAUCAUUCUGGCAAGAGCAAUGCUACCACGCGUGCCUCGACUGUAACGGCUCUACAGCGUUCUAUGCAGAAGUGGUUCGACACACUUGUGGGUUUUGAGGGCUUCCCCUUGACCAAGCUGAACGUCAAUGUUGUUGGUUACGCAGUCAAGGAUAAGAGUCUGAUCCAGGGUGACACAACUGGGCUUGAUGUCUACACCACGGCUGAUGCCGAUGGUGUGCCCGAGUGCGAUGUGCGCUGCUAUCGCGGUGCGCAUCUUGAUGGUGAUAUGAGCGAAUGCCCUGGUGGCACAAGUCGUCACUACGAUAUCAGUUUGUGGCUCGACAAGAGCCUUGGGAGCGGUGAGGUAGGCGGUUACGGCUACAACUGGGGUGAAGAGAUUGGUCCGGACUACUUCUUCGACAACAUCAACAACGACAACAUACAUAUCUUGUUGCACGAGAUGGGCCACGGAUUCGGUCUGCUUGACUUCUAUGAUUGGGAGCCUAAAGACCAGUCUAGUUUCAUCAUGAUGGCUGGUAGCGCGAUGGAGAUCACCGAGUUCGAUGCUUGGAUGCUGCGCGACUGGUGGAGGAAGUUGAAGGCGGUUCGAAACUGGUAA